ACCGCGGAGAGCGCCCCGCGCCGCGCCGGGCCGGGCCCGCAUGGGGCCGCGCUGAGCCGGGCGGCCCCGGGCGGCGGCGGCGGGGAGCGGGCGGGCGGGCCCGGCGGGCUCCGGGCCGCCCGUGGAUGAGCACCAUGCGGCUGCUGCUGCUCGCCCUGCUCUUCUCCUCCUCUUUCGCCCGAGCCGGCUGCGACCCCAAGAUCGUCAACAUCGGCGCGGUGCUGAGCACCAAGAAGCACGAGCAGAUCUUCCGCGAGGCGGUGAACCAGGCUAACAAGCGGCACGGCACCUGGAAGCUCCAGCUCAACGCCACCUCGGUCACGCACAAGCCCAACGCCAUCCAGAUGGCCCUCUCCGUCUGCGAGGACCUCAUCUCCAGCCAGGUCUAUGCAAUAUUAGUUAGUCACCCUCCUGCUCCCAACGAUCACCUAACACCAACACCCGUAUCAUACACAGCUGGCUUCUACAGGAUUCCUGUCAUUGGUCUGACAACACGCAUGUCUAUAUAUUCUGAUAAGAGCAUCCACCUGUCCUUUUUGCGCACGGUGCCACCAUACUCUCACCAGGCCAACGUCUGGUUUGAGAUGAUGAGAGUCUUCAACUGGAAUCACGUCAUUCUGAUAGUCAGUGACGACCAUGAAGGUCGUGCUGCACAAAAGAAGCUGGAGACCCUCCUGGAGGAGAAAGAGUCCAAGGCUGAGAAAGUGCUUCAGUUUGACCCUGGAACCAAAAAUGUGACGUCGCUGCUGCUGGAGGCCAAGGAGCUGGAGGCUCGUGUCAUCAUCCUUUCGGCCAGUGAGGAUGAUGCAGCCACGGUGUACAGAUCAGCGGCCAUGCUCAAUAUGACGGGCUCCGGCUACGUGUGGCUGGUGGGGGAACGGGAGAUAUCGGGCAAUGCCCUGCGUUAUGCCCCUGAUGGAGUGAUCGGUUUGCAGCUCAUCAAUGGGAAGAAUGAGUCAGCCCACAUCAGUGACGCUGUCGCGGUGGUGGCCCAGGCCGUGCACGACUUGUUUGAGAAGGAGAAUAUAACAGACCCACCACGGGGCUGCGUGGGCAACACCAACAUCUGGAAGACAGGACCCCUUUUCAAGAGGGUGCUGAUGUCCUCCAAGUACUCAGAGGGUGUCACUGGACGGGUGGAGUUCAAUGAGGACGGGGACAGGAAGUUUGCCAACUACAGCAUCAUGAACCUGCAGAAUCGGAAACUGGUCCAGGUUGGGAUUUACAACGGCAGCCAUGUCUUGACCAAUGACCGGAAGAUUAUCUGGCCAGGGGGAGAAACUGAGAAACCUCAAGGCUAUCAGAUGUCGACUAAGUUGAAGAUCGUGACCAUCCACCAAGAGCCCUUUGUGUAUGUGAAGCCCACACAAGCAGAUGGGACAUGCAGGGAGGAAUUCACCAUCAAUGGAGACCCUGUGAAAAAAGUCUUUUGCACUGGACCCAACGAGACCAUCCCAGGCCGCCCCACCGUGGCACUAUGCUGCUACGGCUUCUGCAUCGACCUGCUCAUCCGGCUGGCGGGGGUGAUGAACUUCACCUACGAGGUUCACCUGGUGGCUGACGGUAAAUUUGGUACCCAAGAGCGGGUUAACAACAGCAACAAGAAGGAGUGGAACGGGAUGAUGGGAGAGUUGCUGAGUGGCCAAGCGGACAUGAUUGUGGCUCCUCUCACCAUCAACAAUGAGCGGGCACAGUACAUUGAGUUCUCCAAGCCCUUCAAGUACCAGGGUCUCACCAUCCUUGUGAAGAAGGAAAUCCCCCGCAGCACCCUGGACUCAUUCAUGCAGCCUUUCCAGAGCACGCUGUGGCUGCUGGUGGGGCUGUCUGUGCACGUGGUGGCAGUGAUGUUGUACCUCUUAGACCGAUUCAGCCCGUUUGGCCGGUUCAAAGUGAACAGCGAGGAGGAGGAGGAAGAUGCCCUGACCCUCUCCUCAGCCAUGUGGUUCUCCUGGGGAGUGCUGCUGAACUCCGGCAUCGGAGAAGGUGCUCCCCGGAGUUUCUCUGCUCGUAUUCUUGGCAUGGUGUGGGCUGGCUUUGCUAUGAUCAUUGUGGCUUCAUACACUGCCAACCUGGCAGCCUUCCUGGUGUUAGACCGGCCUGAGGAGAGAAUUACGGGCAUCAACGACCCCCGGCUGCGCAACCCCUCUGAUAAGUUCAUCUACGCCACGGUGAAGCAGAGCUCGGUGGACAUCUACUUCCGACGGCAGGUGGAGCUGAGCACCAUGUACCGGCACAUGGAGAAGCACAACUACGAGAGCGCCGCGGAAGCCAUCCAGGCAGUGAGGGACAACAAGCUCCACGCUUUCAUCUGGGACUCAGCGGUGCUGGAGUUCGAGGCCUCUCAGAAGUGUGACCUGGUGACAACAGGGGAGCUUUUCUUCCGCUCCGGCUUUGGGAUCGGGAUGCGCAAGGACAGCCCGUGGAAGCAGAACGUCUCCCUGGCCAUCCUCAAGUCCCACGAGAACGGCUUCAUGGAGGAUUUGGACAAGACUUGGGUGAGGUAUCAGGAGUGUGAUUCCCGUAGCAAUGCCCCAGCAACACUCACCUUUGAAAAUAUGGCAGGUGUGUUUAUGCUGGUGGCUGGAGGUAUUGUUGCCGGGAUAUUUUUAAUAUUCAUAGAAAUAGCUUACAAAAGGCAUAAGGACGCGCGGAGGAAGCAGAUGCAGCUGGCGUUUGCAGCCGUUAAUGUGUGGAGGAAAAACCUGCAGCAAUAUCAUCCCACCGACAUCACUGGCCAGCUCAACCUCUCCGACCCCUCAGUCAGCACUGUGGUGUGACCUUCUCCCCAAGGGCCAUCAGUCCUUGCCCAACACAGUCGGAAGGCACAGCCGGGACUGCCUUUCAAGGGACACUGAUGGGUUCUUCUGGGUGAGAUGGGAGGAAAGCAUCCUUCAUCCAUACACAGUGACUUCAUUGUAUAUCUCUCUUCCCAGGCCUGCUGCCAUGCUCCUGCCCCAGAAAGCACGGCAGAACCAGGACAUGGUUUGGACUUCACUGUACAGAGAAAAUUGCUCCCAACCAGUGCUGUUGAGAAUCAGUAUUGUCACUGACUGGCUAUGUGCAAGGGGAAAGGACUUUGAAAGGCACAUGGUGCCUGCUCUCCUACGCCAGUGGGGAAGAGGUGGUGCCAGGCUACAAACAUGUGCUCCACUUUGCAGGCUUCAGGCUUCUCAGCACAUCUACGGCCCCUCAGACGUGUGCUCCAUGUCUCCCACCACCCCGGAGGGCUCCAGUGUGACGUGCUCGUGGUCCUGAGUGGCUGAAGCAGCCAGCGCGGUUCGGCAGGUUGGACACAUGUUCCUGCUGUGCUGAGCAGGGACUGGAAGAUGUGUGCUCUGUUCCUCUCUGGGGGAUGAACCCCCCUGUUCCUCCCUUCCAUCAGCCUGUGCUCAAGGCUCAUGACUACAACUCGGCUCCUGUACAUGGUCUGUUUGUGACAGGAGAGCUCCCAGCCCUGCAGCCCACGCUCCUGUGCUAAGUGUGGUACUCUGGAGGUCAUAACAUACUGUCAGCCAAGAUUCUGGCUCCCCAUGUGUCCUCUCCUGCACAGAAGACAUCCCCAAGGCCUGGCCAUGGCCAGCAUGUAGCUCUCACACCAUGGCUCUCCUGGCCAGGAACAUCUCCAUGGGGAAUGGCUCUGGGCAGUUGCAUCGACUUCUAAACAAGCUCCACACUGCCUCAGCACCAGCAAUGCAAGGAGAGAUGCUGCUGCCCGGCCGUGGUUUGCCAUGUACUGCUGUCUCUGCAGGGGCCACCCAGCCUGCCUGCAGCGUUGGGGAUCACAGCAGGUGCUGGCAGCCUCUCUGCCUCACUCACCUGAGGUACGAGCUUGCCAGCAUCUCCUGCAGCAGCCCUGCAGCUCCUGUGGCUGCACCUGCCUGACCCUGGAGGCAUGGAAACCAGACCCCAGCUCCAGAGAUGGGAACCAAAUGAGAUGGGCUGAUGCUGUUACUCCCCACACCUUCCUCCCCUCAAGCCUGUGUGCCCAUGUGCCAGCAUCCCUGAGCACCCUCCCCGUGGAUGCUGCGAGCAGGUGUGGAUACAUCAGAUUCGGGGAAGCAUCUGGUAACGGCCAGGCUGGUGAUGAGCAGCUGCAGCAUGUGCACGGGCAACAUCACAUCCUGCCUCCUGCAAAGGCACAAAACUCACCUGCAAGGUGAUACCAAGCCCCAGCAGCAUGAACUGCCUUCUCCUUGCCCCAGACAAGCAGAAGGGGCUUCUCCCUGAGGGUCUGCAGCCUUUGCAGGCAGGAUUUUCAGAUGGCAGCUGAGGUCUGUGAGCAUCAUCCCACUGACUGCAGUGGCUCCAUCAAGUUCAUCUUGCUUCAGCUGAGAAAUCGGACCCAUUAUACUUUAUAUGUCAGUGUAACAUUAAUACGAAGUUUUUGCAAGAGCUCAGUAAAGUCUAGACUGGAUCAUGAA